AAAACAUUCCAUAUAUUAUUGUGACUAUAUAGUGUCUGUCCUCAACUUUCAGAUAUGCUAAUUGCAACAUCUUUUAUUAUUACUUACUUACCCUUCAAACUUUAGCCUCCUUCUAUGGCUUCAUCAACAACCAAACCACAAAAAAGGAUUAGAGAUUUUCUCACUGAGCAACAAGAACCUUUCAUAUUAGAGGUUUACCUUCUUGAGAGACAACACUCUUCAAAAUGGUGGAAAAGAUUCAAUGGAGAUUCUGAUGGAAAUAAGAGUUCUAAUGAUGAGAAAUCAAGAAAGAGAAAAAAGGCUAUGCUUCCUUUUUACAAAGUUCUUCUACCAUAUGGAAAGAAAGGAAAUUCCUUAUGGCCAAAUAAUAAUGAAGAUCACAAUUUGUUUUCUUCAGAAACUUUUCAGAGGCAGCACCAGAAACGCAUAGAGAGUAGCCUUGUUUCAAUGGGAAAGAUACCUGUAUACAGAAUUCCACAUGCUGCCAUAUGGAAUUUACUUGGAGAGUCAGUGAAGAAAGAGAAUUGUACCAAUACCAAUAAGCAAUCAGCAGAGUUUCUUAUUCGGCCAAAUACGUCCAAAAAGGUAGUUCAAAAGAUUAGAAGACUGCUAUGUGCCCGUGAGAGAGAUAUUUCCAUAGUGGCCAUUCCAACUAAGCAAGAAAAGGUAAAACAAUGUUACAAAGGACCCAUUUGUGAGGGAAAAAAAGAAUGCGGUCGGCAAGGUGCAAACCUCAAGACUAUGGAUUACUUGAGUUCAAUAAACGAAUGGAGGAACAUGGAGGAACAAGUGAAAGCCAUUAGUGUUGAGAUCACUGAUCAUAUAUUGGAAGGUAUUAACAAUGAAAUUGUAUUAGAAUUUAUAGCAACUUGGGCAGACCAAUCCUAGAGCAGAAAUCAAACACACAAAAAAAGCUCUCCUACUUUGGAGCAAUGAUUUUAGUUAUAGUUUAAUUGAUUUGGAAAACUAAUUCAGAUAUAAUCUGCUUAUUACUUGCGUUUGGAAAUAAUUGUCAAAUUAUCCGCACA